GAUGGUGGAGGAGGAGAGUGUCCGCGUGGUUCGGUGCGGUGGCAGCCAGUUGAACUUUAGGAGAGCGGUGUUCUCUGUGGAUUCGAAGUUUAUCUUCUGUGUUUCUGGAGACUUUGUUAAGGUUUAUAGCACAACUACAGAAGAAUGUGUGCAUAUACUGCAAGGACACAGAGAUGUUGUGACAGGAAUCCAUCUCAACCCCAACAAUCAUUUACAGUUGUAUUCUUGUUCCUUUGAUGGCACAAUUAAACUGUGGGACUACGUAGAUGGCAUUUUAAUAAAGACUUUCAUAAUUGGACAGAACCUUCAUGCCCUCUUUGCUCUUGCCCAAGUGGAAGAUUCUGUUUUUGUUAUUAUAAGCCAUGAAAAACCAGAUCUUUUUCAGCUGGUUUCAGUGAAAUUGCCAAAAUCAGCAAGCCAGGAAAUUGAAGCUAAGGAAGUCUCUGUUGUUUUGGAUUACAUUAACCAGUCACCAAAAUGCACUGCCUUUGGAAAUGAGGGAGAAUAUGUUGCUGCAGUACGGGACUUUUACUUAUCUGUUUAUUUUUUCAAAAAGAAAAAAACAUCAAGGUUUUCUUUAUCAUCAUCAAGAAAUAAGAAACAUUCUAAGAAUAAUUUUACAUGCGUAGUCUGCCACCCAAAAGAAGACUGCAUAGCAACUGGUCACAAGGAUGGCAAAAUUCGUCUUUGGAGGAAUUUUGAUGAUGAUAAGAACUACACAUACACCACCUUACAUUGGCACCAUGAUAUGGUUAUGGAUUUGGCUUUUUCAGUAACGGGCAGCAGUCUGCUGAGUGGUGGUCGUGAAUCUGUCCUUGUGGAGUGGCGAGACGUAACAGAAAAGAACAAGGAGUUCCUUCCCCGUUUAGGAGCAACUAUUGAACAUAUCUCAGUCUCGCCAGGAGGGGAUUUGUUCUGUACUUCUCAUUCUGACAAUAAGAUAAUGAUCAUUCAUCGAAACCUUGAGGUAUCUGCAGUGAUUCAAGGUCUAGUGAAAGAUAAAAGUAUUUUAACUGGUUUGAUGGUUGAUCCAAGAACUAAAGCUUUGGUUUUAAAUGGAAAACCUGGUCACUUGCAGUUUUAUUCUCUCCAAAAUGACAAACAGCUGUACAAUUUAGAUAUUAUACAGCAAGAAUAUAUCAAUGACUAUGGUCUAGCACAAAUUGAGCUAACGAAGGCUGCAUUUGGCUGUUACGGUAGCUGGCUUGCAACUGUGGAACAACGUCAAGAAAAGGAAAUUGAGCUUGAGUUGCAAAUGAAACUGUGGAACUAUAACAAGAAAACACAAGGGUUUGUUCUUAAUACAAAAGUUAACAUGCCACAUGAGGACUGCAUUACAGCUCUCUGUUUCUGUAAUGCAGAAAAAUUGGAAACCCCCACCUUAGUCACAGCAAGUAAAGAUGGCAACUUCAAAGUAUGGAUACUGACAGAUGACUCUGAUAUAUACAAAAAUGCUGUUGGUUGGACCUGUGACUUUGUGGGUAGUUAUCACAAAUACCAAGCAACCAAUUGCUGUUUCUCGGAAGAUGACUCUCUACUAGCUGUUAGUUUUGAAGAAAUAGUUACAAUAUGGGAUUCGGAGACAUGGGAGCUUAAAUGUACAUUUUGUCAACGAGCUGGGAAGAUAAGGCACCUUUGCUUUGGGAGAUUGACUUGUUCAAAGUACCUUCUUGGUGCUACUGAAAGUGGCAUACUUUGCUGUUGGAAUCUGCUCAGUUGUGCAUUGGAAUGGAGUGCAAAAUUAAACAUAAGAGUCAUGGAGUCUGAUCCUAAUUCAGAGAAUAUUGCGGCAAUCUCGAAGUCCUCGGUGGGUUCAGACUUGUUUGUAUUUAAGCCUAGUGAACCAAGGCCAUUGUAUAUUCAAAAGAACAUCUCUAGAGAGGAAGUUCAGUGGGGAGUGUUUGUUCCACGUGAUGUUCCUGAAUCUUUUACCUCAGAAGCUUACCAAUGGCUCAACAGAUCACAGUUUUACUUCCUAACAAAAUCACAGAGUUUGUUGACAUUCAGUACAAAGUCUCCAGAAGAGAAACUGACACCAACUAGCAAACAGCUACUAGCAGAGGAAAGUCUUCCAACCACCCCAUUCUAUUUUAUAUUGGGAAAGCACAGGCAGCAGCAGGAGGAAAAAUUAAAUGACACUUCGGAAAAUCAACUAGUACAGCUACCUUUAACAGAAAAUAUACCUGCAAUUAGUGAGCUUCUCCACACUCCUGCACAUGUGCUGCCUUCAGCCUCUUUCCUGUGCUCCAUGUUUGUUAAUUCAUUGCUGCUGUCUAAGGAGACUAAGAGUGUUGAAGAAAUGUCUGGUGACGUAGACAUGGAUGAAGAAAAAGAAAGUGAUGAUUCUGAUGAAGAAAAUCAUUUUACUGAAAGUGUUCAGGACACAGAAAACACAGACUUGAGAGAAGACAUCAUACAUCAAUUGUCAAAAUCUGAAGAAAAAGAACUGAGAAAAUUUAGGAAAAUAGACUAUAGCUGGAUUGCUGCUAUUUAAAACUGGGAGGCGAAAAAGGUUGUCGCACUUUUUAUUGUAUAUUGAUACUCCAGAAACAUCUAUUUUAAAGUUAUUUCUUUUCUAAAAAUAUUAAAUUGCUUUACUUUUCUUUAAUAUAAAGUUAUAUUCUCACCGUGCUUGUGUUUUCUGGGUACAUAUUCACAUGUACAUCGCCUCAUUUUGAUUUUGAGUCACACAUCUGCCUUAUUAAGUAAAUGUUUCCUUUGUAGGUGAGGCAGCUUGUGUUCCUUUACCUGAAAUUCAGAGAUAGAAACUUGCUGAUUAAAUUUAACAUUGAAAUUUUAUUUAGUUGCCAAAUAUUAGUUAAACUUAUAUGAGCCCUCGUAAUUCGUUUACUUCUGUUAAGUGAUCUUUUCUUAUUUUCCCUAAUGUAUCCCACUAUAA